AUGACCUACCGCACCACUUUGGACCUGCUUUUCAAAUCCCAGGAAUUUGUCCCUAACUACAAAUGUGAUAGCCGGAAGCAUCUCAUGGCCAUCAUAGGAGGAUUAGGUUCGGAUACAUCAUCUUAUAUGGCAGAUAGUGUAAAUGUCUACAAAAUUCCACAGUUGACUUAUGGCUCUUUUGCCCAAGAAGAAUUCCGGAGUACUAAGUUAUCUUCACUUUAUUGCAUGGCCCCAUAUGAGGACCAUCAAUAUACUGGAGUUAUACAACUUCUUCUCCAGUUUGGAUGGAUAUGGAUUGGAGUCUUCACUCUUGAUACGAACAAAGGAGAACAUUUCUUUCAGAAACUGCAGUCACUGCUUUCCCAGAAUGGCAUCUGCAUAGCUUUCUCACAAAAAAUUACACAACUAGUAAACUUGGAAAACGUGUCUGAAUUACUUGAAACAAACUCAAUGAUUCGUAAUAAGCUGAUAGAUCAGAAAGCAAAUGCUUUUCUUGUCUAUGGAAAAUCAUUCACAAUUUGGUGGCUCAGAAUUGUUAUGUUUCUAUGUGAUCUAGAGGAUAAAGACAGCACACAAUUCAGAAAAGUUUGGAUCCUGAUGGACCCAAUUGAUUUCAUACUGACAGCAUUUCAAAGAGGUUUGGAUCUCCAGUUGUUCCAUGGGGCCCUUUCUUUUACAGUGCACUCAAGAGAAGUUCAAGGCUUCAAAGAAUUUCUUCAAGUCACCAAAUCUUCAACCCAUGAAAAUGGAUUUUUUCAAGAUGUUUGGGAGCAAUUGUUUGACUGUUCAUUUUCAAAUAAAGAAUUUUUCUUAAUGUAUGAUAAGACUUGUAGUGGAGAAGAGAAAUUGGAGAAUCUGCCUGCACCUGUGUUUGAGUUGCAGAUGACUGGCCAAAGUUACAGUAUCUACAAUGCGGUCUAUGCAGUGGCAUAUUCUUUACAUGAGGCAGUGAGAUCAAGAUCCCAACAAAAAAAGAUUCAAAGGUUUGAAUUUCCAGAUUUUCAGCCUUGUCAGGUUCUUCCACUUUCUCGGUGUAAUGACCAUUGUUCCCCUGGAUUUUGGAAGAAAGGAGAUGAAGAAAAGAAAUUCUGUUGCUAUGACUGUGUUCGAUGUCCCAAAGGGAAGAUUUCAAAUCAAAUGGAUAUGGAUGACUGUUUUGAAUGUUCAGAAGAUCACUAUCCAAAUAAGGAGAAGAAAGAAUGCAUUGUGAAACCGGUGGUCUUUCUAACUAUUGAAGAAACCCUAGGCAUUGGUUUAGCUUCAACUGCUCUUUCUCUCUUCUUCCUCACAAUGUGGGUACUUAGGACCUUUAUUAAACACAGAGAUACUGCCAUUGUCAAAGCCAACAACCGGUCCCUCACGUACACCCUGCUUGUCUCUCUUCUGCUCUGUUUUCUAUCCUCUUUGUUCUUUCUCAGCCAUCCUGGCCAAGUGACCUGCCUCCUCCGACAAUCAGCUUUUGGAAUCACCUUCUCAGUGGCCAUUUCUACUGUACUGGCCAAAACCAUCACAGUGGUUGUGGCUUUCAUGGCCACUAAACCAGGAUCUCAGAUGAGAAGAUGGGUGGGGAAAAGAUUGGCCUUUUCUACUGUCUUUUCCUGUUCUCUCUUUCAAGUAUGUAUUUGUAUGCUUUGGUUGUUGAUAUCACCCCCAUUUCCUGAGUUAGACAUGCAUUCAGAGUCUCAAGAAAUGAUUUUACAAUGCAAUGAGGGGUCAGCUUUCUUCUUCUACUGUGUCUUGGGCUACAUGGGUGUCUUGGCCAUUGCCAGCUUUAUUGUGGCUUUUCUUGCCCGUAAAUUACCUGACAGUUUUAAUGAAGCCAAGUUCAUCACCUUCAGCAUGUUGGCCUUUUGCAGUGUGUGGAUCUCCUUCUUUCCAGCCUAUCUGAGUACGAAAGGAAAAGCCAUGGUAGCUGUGGAGGUCUUCUCCAUCUUGUCCUCCAGCGCUGCAUUACUGGGAUGCAUAUUUUUGCCAAAAUGCUACAUCAUAGUUUUCAGGCCUCAGCUAAAUCUCAGGGAGCAACUCACAAAGAGAAAUUAG